CGCGAGGGACGGGGGGCGGAGCCAAGCGGCCUGGCGUCGAGGUCCGGGCGGCGGCGGCGGCGGCUGAGGCGGCGGCGACGGACUCGCUCGUGAGGGACAAGAAUGAGUUAUGCAGAAAAACCCGAUGAAAUCACGAAAGACGAGUGGAUGGAAAAGCUCAAUAAUUUACACAUCCAGAGAGCUGACAUGAACCGCCUGAUCAUGAACUAUCUUGUUACAGAGGGUUUUAAAGAGGCAGCAGAGAAGUUUCGGAUGGAGUCUGGGAUUGAGCCCAGUGUUGAUUUAGAGACUCUGGAUGAAAGAAUAAAAAUCCGAGAGAUGAUCCUCAAAGGUCAGAUUCAGGAAGCUAUUGCGCUGAUCAACAGCCUUCAUCCAGAAUUGUUAGACACAAAUCGGUAUCUUUACUUCCACUUGCAGCAACAACAUUUAAUCGAGUUGAUUCGGCAGCGGGAGACAGAAGCCGCCCUUGAGUUUGCUCAGACGCAGCUAGCAGAGCAAGGGGAGGAGAGCAGGGAGUGCCUGACGGAAAUGGAACGCACUCUGGCACUGCUUGCUUUUGAUAACCCGGAGGAAUCGCCUUUUGGAGAUUUGCUCAACAUGAUGCAGAGGCAGAAAGUGUGGAGCGAAGUUAACCAAGCUGUUCUAGACUAUGAAAAUCGUGAAUCGACACCCAAGCUGGCUAAAUUACUGAAGCUACUACUGUGGGCUCAGAAUGAGCUGGACCAGAAGAAAGUAAAAUAUCCCAAAAUGACAGACCUCAGCAAGGGGACAAUUGAGGAACCCAAGUAAAAUAUGUGCAGGUGGACACUAAACCUCAGAACUGCACAGUUAUAUACAUUUUUAAUCAGUCUGUGACUGAAAUAUUUUUACUACAGUUCAGGACUUUGCAAUUUGGUUGUGUGUGGGGAUUUUUGUUUGUUUGUUUUGUUUCUCGGCAAGCAUACUUAAAGGGCGACGGGUCCCUUUUUAAAUGCAGCAAAUCAGCAUUGAAAAGUAUUGUUAUCACCUUGACCAUCUUGACUUAGGCUAUGCGCUGUCAUACACUCUUAGCAGAAACAAAAGAUGGCUUUUUUAAUAUAAAUAUAUAUAUAUAUACAUACUGUGCUCAAGGUUUGUAAUAUUUGGCUACCAAGUGCACUUUGGUGGCCAGUGAAUUAAUGUUGAAGCUCUUGACAACUCUUCAUUUAAAUUUAACUCGUCUUUCACUUGAAUAAGGAUUCUUUCUCUAUGUUAAUUUAUAGUCAAAUAAGCAUUCCCUAUUUAAGGACUAGCAGUUGGUUGAAUGAUCAUUUUGUAAACCUCAUGGCAACAUUUUCUGCGUAGGACAUAGCAUAGAAAGCUUUGUAUGCUGUAAUUGAAGGUAGCUCCCCUUGCUUUUCACGCCUUGGUGACUUAUUUAUAUGGGGAUGAAUAUUAUACUUAUUACGGGCCUAGUUCUCUCAAGUACUGCUGAUAAAUAAAGACUUUUCUUUUGUAACUUUCAAGGUAGACCAAAACAGCCUGUGAAACAUCAGAUCACUCCAGAAUUAGGUUUUCCUUUUUAUUGGCUUAAUUUCGAUUCCUUUUGAGUUCCAGUUGCAGUAAUGGCAUUGGUAAGGAUGGCAGCUGUAGAAGGGGUAAGAUAAAAACAGUGGAACUCUGCAGUCGAGGCCAUCUUCAGUUGUAGGAAAUGUUCUCAGCGCAGAUCCACUAGGAAAGCAUUGACAGAUCUUGGGUUCUAAUUCAAAGUUCUAGCGGGGCAUAACUAGUUCACUUGCGUAAAAGAGAGCUUAGGUUUUGUCAAUCUCUUACUUCCCGAGUUCCCGUUUUAUUCUGGGACGAUGUGAUCACCGUGAUGUUUUAGGGUUGAUUUGCCUUGGUUACAGCCCAACUUGCACAGAAUGGACUAUACACUACGUCAGAACCACAGGGUAGGGAAUUGGGUUUCGGAAUGUUUCCUGUCUUUUAAAAUCACCUGCAAAUAGAAAAUCAGCCCACCAAGAAAAUGGGAGGAGGUUGAACCUUUUCUCACCCUGUUGUGUUAGUUUUCCAUUUGCAGGGAGCGUUUUUAUGCAAAGCAGGUUUUGAAAACUGGCGCACACAGUGUGCAGCAGCGACGCCAUCUAUGCUGCCCUCCUGCUGCUUUGUUCUGUUGCACGUGCAAACCAGGCGUCAAUUCCAUGAAGUCCCCCGUAUGCAGAUGCUGCACUGUAAUGCCCCUUCCGGUCUGGAAUCCUAUGCAGCAUCCUAUGCAGCCACCUGCAAGGCACGAUUUACCAGCUGGGCGGCAUUCAGUAUUACUCCUUGCUAGCUGCAAGAUUGUGAUCCCAAAGGCCUGAUUUUUUGUGUGUGCUUUUUUGCAGAGCUGCUGAGACAACUGACCAGGACAGUAGGAAAAAUAAUAAGGGCUGCCCGGCAGCUGUGGGACGUGCAUUUUAUAUUCUUUCUGUGCCCCAGUCAUGCAAAUCUUGUUAAUUCCACUGGCACUUAAGAGCAGCUUAUGUGAAUCGCACACUCAACACAGUUACCAUUUUAUAUGCUGCAUCGGAAGCCCUGUAGGACUACUUCUAGCUGGCUGGGUUUGAAUGCUUAACUUUGGGCAUUAGUCAAAGAGGACUAGAUUUCAUGCAAACUUCAAAGAAAAUGGUGCAGCUUGAAAGGGGUUUCUGAGAGGUUGGGUUGGAUCAGGUAGAUCCAUUCUGUUAGUGGUGACACAUUUCUCCAGUGAAAGGAGUCUUCCCCCGGCAUGCUUUCUGCAUCUGGGUAAAGCUUCUUCAGCUGGAAGAAAGUGUUGCCUCUUGUGAAACUGAUCUAUGCGAUCCAAUCCAUGGUCUUAGAGGAGUACUGUAUAUUCUGAUUGCUUGUAGGCUGCAUGAUUUAGGGGGAAGCGGUUGUAUAAGAUAAGCAGUAGACAACCAACAGUGUCAAGUACAUAACAAGCUUUCCCCCUCCAUUCUUGAGUGCUGAAUGCAUCCUGGAGCUUUUAAAAAAAGCUUUGGAGGUCUAGCACAAUGUUGCAGCGCAUGUGUGUUUUAUUACAGUUUUCCUUGCCAGUAAAAACUGCACCGCUUCAGAGGUUUCAUGUAUGUUAAGAGCACUGUGCUUAUUUCAUGAAUGCAUAGAUAACUGGAACUUCCACUAGUUUGUUUAAUUCAUUAACUUCAAAGCCAAAUAUGUAAGGGGUCCUCCCCAGAGGGUUUAAAUGUAACAUAAUUUUAGGUAUGUUAUUUCAUUUGGGUUUUGUAAAGCAUCACACACUGAAGCAGCUUUAACCUAUAAAAUUUGGGGGGAGGGGGAAACAGAGAAAAUAUUUAAAAUGGUAUGAAAGAAAGCUAUGCAUUUUACAGAAAGGUCAAGGGUGUAGCCCCAGUGGUACUCUUAGGGAAUCUUUAUAUUCAUGUGUAUAUAAAAUAGUUUGCAUAUACGAAAUAUAAUAUAAUCAGUUUGAAUUAUUCUCAAAUGGGAGAGGCUGUGCAAAACAUAACUUAUGGAAAUACUGUACACAGAAAACACAGUCCUCAGUACAUAAACGAAUUUGUCAUAUGCAUGAGAAAUGUCUUAUUUGGUGGCUAUGGAUGAAUGGUUGCAAUUUUGUUAGCUCCAUAAUGUUAGAUUACCACUCUUACCUGCUUAGCAUUAAAUACCACUUUGAUCAAUGUGUGUUACA